AUGACACGACGCUCUGCCAACCGACUUGGAAUUUCGCUCCGCUCCUCUGCACAAGGUGAAGGCGCCGGCUCCUCAGGAUGCUACAAGCAGUUACUGGUCUCCACCGAGGUCUUCCUCAUGCUAGGCAUCCUCAGCCUUGUGGAGAACGUUCUGGUGGUGGCAGCAGUGGUGAAGAACCGCAACCUGCACUCGCCCAUGUACUUCUUCAUCUGCAGCCUGGCCGUGGCAGACAUGCUCGUCAGCGUCUCCAACGCCACGGAGACCGUCGCCAUGGCGCUCCUCACCGGUGGAGGCCUGCGUAUCCGUGGCAGCCUCGUGGAGAGCAUGGACAACCUGUUCGACUCCAUGAUCUGCGCCUCUCUCUUGGCCUCGAUCUGGAGUCUGCUGGCCGUGGCCGUGGACCGCUACGUCACCAUCUUCUACGCCCUGCGCUACCACACCAUCAUGACGCGCAGGCGGGCCAUGGCCACGGUGUCUUGCAUCUGGGCCUUCUGCACUGCCUCCGGCAUCCUCUUCAUCGUCUACUCGGAGAGCAUGGCCGUCCUCAUCCUCCUUAUUGGGAUGUUCUUCGCCAUGCUGGCGCUGAUGGCCUCCUUGUACGUCCACAUGUUCCUGCUGGCACGGCUGCACCUCAAGCGCAUUGCCGCUCUGCCCGUCGCCGGCCACGGCGGCACCGGUCGCCCCAUCCGGCAGGCCGCCAACAUGAAGGGAGCCGUGACGCUCACCAUCCUCCUGGGGGUGUUUGUGGUCUGUUGGGCACCCUUCUUCCUGCACCUCAUCCUCAUGAUCUCCUGCCCGAGGAACCCCUACUGCGUGUGCUUCAUGUCGCACUUCAACAUGUACCUCAUCCUCAUCAUGUGCAACUCUGUCAUCGACCCGCUCAUCUACGCCUUGCGCAGUCAGGAGAUGAGGAAGACCUUCAAGGAGAUCUUCUGCUCCUGGACCACCUUCCUCUCUAUUUGUGAGCAGUAAGAAUAAGGCUUAUGUGGGCCACAAUUACAUCAAGAAAAAAAGAAAGUAUUUUGUACUGAAGAAUUUUCCAUUCCCUCAGAAUGUUGAUAUAUUCUUUCUUUUGGGAUGAAUACAAAGAUAUAUAGUGUGCACUACCUGCAAUUUCGACUGCUACAAAUGUUUAGCACUGUUAAGCUGUAAACAGAUAUAUUUCCACUGUUAUAUUAACAUGCAUCAUGUGA